AUGAUCACCCCCACCUCUCACAAGAUACGCGCGAACCAGGCUGGCCCUCGUGAACGCACCUCUAAGGCCGAGCGCAGCUUUGGCACGGAUACCGACACUCCGACACAGUUCACCCCCGCUGGUGGGAUCAACCUCCCAGCUCCUGGCAACCGGGCCCGCACGACCGUUGGCAGCGCGGGUGUCAACGUCCCCAACACAGCCGCCGAGUCAACUGAAGCCACCAGGUCGAACAUGGAUACCUCCUUCUCGAGUGAUGAACCAGAGGCCAAGCUUGCGUCGCCUGACCGCAACACGCCGAGACACUUUACCUUCUGGGAUGACGAGUGGCAGCCAGAUUCGGACGCUAUCGUCGAGAUCGGUGACAACGCCAACGCAGCGCUCUGGGGUGUCGCCUCUGCGUCGUCCAUCGUCCCCACGCCCACCCCAACUAGGCACACAGAGGAUGCCAGAGCCACUGCCAGCAGUCCCAGAACUGUGGCUACAGUCACCGUUGUCGCCACCGUCACCGUCACCGAUUCCCCGAAGACUGCGCCCCCACACCAGUUCACUGCUGUCCCAAGUUCAUGGCUACAGGAGACGGUUAUUCAGGGCCAGACCUUUUAUACUCUCGUUGACCCAGCUAUUGCCUCUCCAACCCCUACCGAUACUAGGCCAACCCAGACGCUCAGCGGCAGUAGCUCAUGGAAUGAGUUCCAUCAGUUCACCACCUGGCACGAAAUCCCUCCAACCCCGACAAUGACCGUGUUUGUUGGUGAGGGACACCCGUGGCACCACGUAUCGGACGACCCCAAUGUCACGACAAUGACCCCGACUGAGCCCAUGCUCCUUACCCCCACGCCGACAACGACAACCGAGGCACCUUGGCCUACCGGGCCGGCUUGCGCAAACGGUGUCCCUUGGCUCCUGGUGUCAGCCUCCACGUCGCCACUCGACCCGAUCGCCGUCGCCGCGCCCGAGUCAUUCCGUCUCAUGAACCCCGUCAGCACGGCAUGGGACAUGAUGGGGGACUGCCCUCUACUCGCCCUCAUCGCCUUCGUGCUCCUCAUCAAGUUCUUCACGUGUCUUGGUCUCCCGAGCUUCCUGUCACCAAAAUGGAAGCUUCCACCAAAGUUCAUGCGGAUCAACGACUCGCACGACUCUCCGAUCCAGUGCAUGAGAUGCUUCGCCCUCUUCGGCUACGACCAGAAGGAUGCAGUCCAGCUGCACGAGUACCAACAUGCCCUGGGCCGCUAUGAUGAGCGGGUCCAGGAGUAUCAAGCGGGCCAGAACAAGCCAGUCGUCUUUGGCAAGGAGGCGCCACACCCCCGCCUUAACAUGCGCUCCGCCUACGACCAGUACGUCACGCAGGACAUGGACGCCGCCUACAAGCAGGGCGUCAAAAUGGCCAUGCAGGUUGAGCUCGACGGACCCACCGUCGACCCAGCCGCCGACCGAGAGCGGAUGCACGACUACAUUGAGAUCAUCUUCGGCGACACCUCGGCCGAGCCCGACCAGAUCGACUGGGACGAGUUCGACUACCCCCAAGCCCCGUUCACCCCUCCGACCGAGCCCGCACCACACCAGUCCCUAUUCCCGCGCGUGGUCAACUACAUUCUUGACGGCUUGGCAAGCGGGGUAGCGGUCAAGGGCUUGUCGAUGUAUGCCCGCGAGUCAGGCAAAGGCGCCGCGCUCGAAAUCUUCGCGGUCUACCUCAUCAUGCUGGCCAUCGCGUGCGUCAACGACCUUCCUAUGCCUCCAAUCGAGGGGCUCCUCGCCACUUGUGCCCGCGAUCUGCCAGUCGAGGCGUUUGAGUGGCUCGCUGCACUCGCAUGGGCAGGCACCCAGAGCCUGAUGCCACGUCGGCCGCCCAAGAAGACCAAGAAGGAGGCGAUCAAGGAGCGCGAGGCCGUCCGCCACAAGGAGAUGGACGCGGUAGUCGAGAGACUCAUGCCCAAGAAAACCUACCCGCCCGACUACGCCAGGGAGUGGAGGAAGAGGCAGGUGGCUGCCAUGAAGUGGGACCAGAUGGCGAUCAACUAUCCCGGCCGCAGAGAAGCCAAAGAGGCCGAGAUCGCCGCCGCUGCCUACGCGCCCGAGGAGCGCCGUGUCAAGUUCGAGGAAGUGAAGGAGUACAAGUGGUGGGAGCACGUCGCCGGCCGCUGUGGAGGAGCGCGGAGGUGCCGCGAGUGUGCGGAGCAGAAGGCGGACGAGGCAGCGGCGCUGGCUCGCCGUAAGCGUACCCCCCAGUACCUCACCCAGCCGCGUAUCGUGUACACAUAG